AUGUUUUCCGGCGAUGGCUCCUCCAUGGACCCGAUGUUUUCCGGCAUGAGUCUGCAAUCUCUUCUGUCUAUGAACCCUUCCCUCUUCGAGGACGGGUUCCCCACUUUGUCCUCCCUAACCGACGACGUCCCAACCCUAAUAAUCCCCCAAUCCACAGAGCUGAACCACACCAACGCCAACACCAAACUCCCGAUUCCGAAAACCGAACCCUUAAACUUCUUCCCCCAAUACCAGCUCCCUCCCCUCUGCUCGCCGGAGCCGAAGCGGCAGCGCCUGGAGUCUCCUCCGGUAAUCCCGCAGAGCAGCCUGGCUAGGCAACGGCGUCAGAAGCUUAGCGAGAAAACGCGGUAUCUCCAGAAGCUGAUGCCGUGGGACAAGAAAAUGGACCAAGCAACGCUUCUGGAAGAAGCUUACAAAUACGUCAAGUUCCUCCAGGCACAAUCCCGUGUCCUUCACUCCAUGCCCUCUCACUCUCACUCUCACUCUCAGUUCUGCCAAAACGGUGCCGCUUUCGGCGACCUCGAGAAGCUGAACCGCAGCCAGGCUCUCCAGGUGCUGGUGAACUCCCCCGUGGCGCAGACCAUGCUUUACUCCCAAGGCUUCUGCGUUUUCUCCCUCGAACAGCUUUCUCUCCUCAGAAAACUCUCCCAAACGAGGCAACAACAACAACACAUGCCGCCAGAUCCUGCUUCCUCCUCCAGAACUUUCUUCAACUAA